AUAGUUGAAAGCCUCCUACCCGCGCCGAGCCGUGCAGGCGGAGCACUCUCAGCCUAAGUCGGCGCGUCGCGUCCCGGCCCAGCCGGCGCGAUUGACGGCGUUGGCCAGUUCAACUCUCCGCGGCGAUCAAAACCCUAAAAUUGGAAUUUUCUGCCGGGAGGAGCGGAGGGCCCCUAAUUACAGAAUCGCGGGGAGUUUCUUAUGUAAAUCAGAUCCGUGAAGUGAGGGCGAAAAUGUUUAGGGUUAAUGACGCUUGACUAUAAAAUUGAGGAACUCCCUGGAUUCCCCACACUUUCAGUCUUGAGAUUUCUAUCUUUUCUUUCACUUGGUUUCUAUCCUAGAAGUGUGAUAAAAUAUACUCAAUACCUGGUAAGAGUUUGACCUAAAUAUUUCCUCUUGAUCAAUCUUCUCAGUCAUGGAUCGAGCAGACACAUCAGGUUUUGUAAGCGGAGGAUGAUAGAAACUAUCAUCUUACAUUAUCUUCACCUGCACUCGGUUCCCAAAUAUGAUACCAGAGUUCGAACAAAAUAUUUACUAGAAAAAAGUAUUAGGAAUUCAUACUCAUUGCUUGGCGUUGCCUUUUAUCUAAUAAGAUGGACCUCAGUAUGACGGAAGCAGUUCAUUUGUCGACAUGGAUGAAGAUCGGGAAUAUGGGAGAUGAUCCAGGCUAUGGAAUUGGCAAGACCAGAAAAGCAGAAUCCUCUCAGAGCAAUGUUGAACUCUCUGGUCAAGAUGAUGGAUGCAGGUUGUUCCUUGGAUUAGGUCCAACGCCAACCAGCUAUUCUGCUGGUCACACAGCUGAGAUUGGCAAGCCUAAAAUGUCUGCAUCUCUAUUCAGCCAAAUGCCACUCUGUGGUGCUGAUCGUGGAAUUUUGCAGCUUGGGCUUGCUGGGGAGUAUACUGAACCUGUACUUCCAACGCAAAUGCAGUUAGAAAGCAACAGAAAAAGCUUCUCGCUUACCAUUGAUAAUGAAGGUUCCUCUUCAGCAAGGAAAUCUGGAGUUUACUUGCCUUCUUUAUUGUUUGCACCAGUGUCUGAAAGCCCUAGCUCGGUCCAGAACUUCAGUAAGGGCAUUCAGGAAACUCAGUUUGAGCUCAGUCCAGAACCCUCUGGGAUGAGUGAUUGUUCGCUUUCAACAAAUUCAAACCUAUUGCCUUCCAGCCAUCGACACCCACCAAAGAAGUGUAAGUUCAAUGGAUGCUCUAAAGGUGCCCGUGGGGCUUCAGGGCUCUGUAUUGCCCAUGGUGGAGGUCAGAGAUGCCAGAAGCCUGGCUGCAAUAAGGGCGCUGAGUGCAGGACUGCCUAUUGCAAGGCCCAUGGAGGAGGGCGACGCUGCCAUCUUCUUGGUUGCACCAAGUCUGCUGAAGGAAAAACUGAUUACUGCAUAGCCCAUGGAGGUGGGCGGCGAUGUGGCCACCCGGGCUGUAGCAAGGCAUCUCGAGGAAAGUCUGGGCUAUGCAUUCGACAUGGUGGCGGGAAGCGCUGCACUGUUGCGGAUUGCACCCGUAGUGCUGAGGGUCAGGCGGGACUUUGCAUCUCUCAUGGUGGCGGUCGUAGGUGUCAAUUCUCAGAAGGCUGCAGCAAGGGCGCACAGGGGAGCACCAUGUACUGCAAGGCCCAUGGAGGUGGCAGAAGGUGCGUGUUUGAAGGGUGCAACAAAGGGGCAGAGGGCAGCACACCGUUUUGCAAGGGUCAUGGCGGUGGCCGACGAUGCUUAUACGAAGGAGGCGGGCUUUGCCCAAAGAGCGUCCAUGGUGGAACCAACUUUUGUGUGGCACAUGGUGGCGGCAAGCGAUGUGUAGUGUUUGGGUGCACCCGGAGUGCAAGAGGCCGCACCGACCGCUGCGUUAGGCAUGGUGGGGGUAAGCGGUGCCACUAUGAGGGGUGUGGAAAGAGCGCGCAGGGAAGCACAAACUACUGCAAGGCUCAUGGUGGUGGGAAGCGCUGCUGUUGGAAUGGAGGAUGCGAAAAGUUUGCUCGGGGAAGGAGUGGACUAUGUGCUGCUCAUGGUAAUGCUGCUACCGCCGCCGCAGCUGCAGUUGGUGGAGGAUCGAUCGGCCAUGGGCUGUUUGAGAAGCUUGUGUCUGCAACAACAAUGGAUUCAUCAUCAGGGGCGAGUGCGGUAUCCGAUUGCUGUACUACUGAAUCAUCCGAGAACUCGGGCAAGGCUAAUGAGCCAUUGGAGAACAUGGGGAAGAGGCAGUCCCUCAUCCCUGCACAGGUUCUUGUUCCAUCUGUGGUGAAGUUGUCAAGGGCCAUGCCAUCACGAAUGGCGACUGUUACUAGCGAAGGAAAAUCUGGGUUUGUGAUACCUGAGGGAAGGGUCCAUGGUGGUGGAUUGUUGACCCUCCUUGGUGGGAGUAUUAGAAAUCCUGGGUUUAGUGGGAGGGUCUGAUUCUUUGGUGGCUGAUAAUAGCUAUUAAAUUCAUGUCUAUAUUGUAGAAUUUGGCUUGUAUCUAUUGAACCUUUGGUGUGAUCAGUGUGCGAUACGCGACACUCUCAGUUGAAUGUGGUCGUGAGAAAAAAAAAUGUCUUAUUAAUGGUGAUUGAGAAAUAAUGUCAUGUGUCCUUUUAAACAAAAUCAUAUUAUGUAAUUGAAGCAGAUUUUUCAUUUCA